ACUCGCUCGCUCCAUAAAAGAAGGGCGCUUACCAGUCGCGUUGCAAUUAAUCCUACCCCAGCUGUAGCCUUUCCCUUACAAGACACUGCACGGAUGACAGAACAUGUGAGAAGAAUGGAAUGAUGCUCGUGUAUUUUAAGGUAAGCGAUUUUAUUUCACGUGUAACACUGAUGGGGAUGUGAGGGCUGCGCUCCGUAUACGCGGUGCGGCUGCUGCUCAGCAUCAGCAGCGUGGACAUCCAUGUAUUCACAUGUCCAAUGCUGACAUGGUUUGCCCAAAACACUGAAAUUGACUCUGUGAUCUGCAACAUCGUUAGCGGUGAAUAUUUGGUGCCAGAGACGCUGAUUCUCUUCACCAUGUCCAGAUAUAACACUUGAUGGGCUCAAAUGGAAAAAAAGGCUUGUUCACCAACAGCAUCUGGUUGCAUUAAUCCUUCACAUGGAGCUUUCUGUAAUCCAUGGGCAUGUUCUGCCAUACGACACUGCGCCCAAGCAAAUACUGUCAUUUAUAGGGAAGCCUUCAACAACAGUACGCAGUAGGCUAUCAUUUGAAACAACGCGUAUAUGUCUCGAUUGUUAGAUAUGAAAACGGCUCCUCCUUUCAUAGCACUUCUACUUUUCUACUAUAAUACACAGUAGAAUAGAACAGCCCAUAUUCGUGGUCUAGUCGACGAAAAACACAUUUAUCAUUUCUAAUUAUACAGUGCCCCUGCCACGUGCCUUUGAUUUGUUGAUCGCUCAAAUCGAUCACUCACAGAGCUACUGAGGGCUACAGCAGUUCUCCCUGUGCAUCAGUAAAGGGUUCCCACAGGGUGGGACCACUGCUGGGUUUCCACGUGAAGGGACACCAUGUCGAUAUCACAUCAUGCGUUAUCAUUCUAAACGUCAGUAGACAGUUACAUUCAGUGCCGAAAUAUCUCGGGGUGUUGGGAGGCAAUGGCCCUUAGACUAGUCUAUCUGUCUUGCAUCAGCUUCCUGAAAGCGCGUGCAAAGAGCUGCGCAGGCAGACCGACAUUUGUGGUAUCCUAUACGUGUUUUUCUGAAGCGCGCAAGCGUCGCGCGCUUUGUCUCCUGUAAUGACUGUGCGCCGCUGAGGCCAGACACCCACACCUGCGCUCCGGAGAGACUGAGCAUGCUUCACUGGGCCUCCAUGUGAUGGAGGGGACUUGCAUCACAGGGACGUUUAUCAGGGAAUUCCCAAACUGCGCACCUCUGAGUCACAUGCGUUUUAAAAGGAGCUAGAUCCAAGAGAACAAUCAUAAUAAUCCUGGAUUUAUAGAUGUAAAGGAUUUAAACUAUUUUAGAGAGCUUGAAGUUAUUGUUCACUUUCAUUUUGGAUGUAUUAAUGCCCACAGAUAUUCUGAGGUAAAGCUAUAUGUGCACUGGAGGCUUCCAGUUUCUGCACAUUGGAAACUAGUUGAGAUGUCACAAAAUCCAACUGGUGGUCAUUCUACAAAAACGGUGGAAGUGCUGUCACUUACUUGUGCAGACACCAAAAUCAUGAAUUAUAUAUAUUCAAUAAUUAAAGACUGUCCUUGCAAUGAUACAACUAAGUUUAUUCAUCUAAUUUUCAAUGUUCAACUUGGCAAUGUAUUUACAAUUUAAUUUUAUUAUAUUUUCAUGAAUUUAAUCUCGUUCACAUUGACAUUGAACAUGAAAUAUAUUAAAUAGAACAGUUAAAAGAAAACGUUAAAAUAGCUCAUUAUUAUUAACUAUAUCAAAUAAAUACCAGUCACACAGAAUUAUGUCAUUGGUGUUCAUGCUACACAAAAGACUUUUAUUUUGACUUUUAUUCCUCCUUACAUGUCCCUACACUGACCAUUUGAGGUUCUUCUUGGAUCAAGAGGUCCUUGGAGGAAGUGCAGUGGCCAAAGACAUUUGGAUGCCAUUACUCAACGUCAGCAUGAAGUCUUUACAGCCGGCACAACCUUGUACGGAUAGGUAAACCAGAGCACCUGGAGAGCACUGUGGACACAUCGAGCAAGUUAUACUAGCCAAGAAUAGAUCAUCUCAGGGCCUGACAGAGAUCCUGACCACAAAGCAUUCACCUUGAGCCUCAGUUGAUUCGCAUUGCUGUGUUCCUACAUUUUAAACAUCGUUCUCUGCCUCCCCCGUUCGAAGACCUCCCACGUCGACCCCCCUCCUGCGCCAUAAGGACCCAGAAUACUGCCCCUCAGAGGGGAGAUGCCUGUCUUGCUAAAUGCCGAUGCCUCCUUCAGCUCCAAGCAGGAGCUCCUGGACCUUCAGGACUGCCCUCUCAGCGGGGGCCCCUCUCUGGACACCCCCAGUCCCCCAGACUCCCAGACAGGCAGCCCACUAGGCUCAGGCCCCAGAAGCACUGGCAGCCCCGGAGCUGAUGGCCCCGUUCGGCCCCACAUCUUCACUGGGGCUUCCACGCUCCCGGGGCAGCUGUAUGGGGCGGAAGCACAACCUUGUGCAGGGACCCCAAUGGGGUUAAAGCUGAUCUCCACUGACUCGGAUCAGCUGUGUGGCUGGGGGGCCCUGACGCCCAAAGCUAUCCAAGCUUUCAACACCCCUCGAUGGGUGCUGUUCUUCCUUUGUGUGGCCUCUUUCCUCCAGGGGAUGAUAAUCAACGGCUUCAUUAACACAGUGGUCACCUCAAUUGAGAGGCGCUUCGACCUGCGCAGCUACCAGGCCGGCCUCAUCGCCAGCUCCUACGACAUCGCCGCCUGCGUCUGCCUGGCUUUCGUCAGCUACUUUGGCGGGACAGGACACAAGCCCCGCUGGCUGGGAUGGGGGGUGCUGAUCAUGGCUAUUGGUUCGCUGGUGUUUGCCCUGCCUCACUUUACCACGCCCCCUUACCAGGUCAGUCUGACCGAGCGGACGGUUAUGUGCUCCGGCAACCGUACCACCCCGUGCCAGGACAAGGAGGGUGGAGGAUUGUCCAGCUAUCGUUUUGUGUUCAUGCUGGGCCAGUUCCUCCACGGCGUGGGUGCCACGCCUCUCUACACGUUAGGGGUCACGUACCUGGAUGAGAAUGUCAAGUCCAACUAUGCGCCUGUUUAUAUUGGGAUCUUCUACACAGCGGCCAUUGUGGGUCCAGCAGCAGGCUACCUGCUGGGGGGAUACUUCCUCAACAUUUACACCGAGAUCCACCUGACUACAGAGAUGACUCCAGAGAACCCACUGUGGGUCGGGGCUUGGUGGAUCGGCUUCCUGGCAGGAGGAGCAGCAGCUCUACUUGUAGCAUUCCCCAUCCUGGGCUACCCACGACAGCUCCCGGGCUCUCAGGAGUACGUGGCCAUGCGGGUGUCUGAGGCCCACCAGCUCAAGGACGGAAGCCAGACCACAGCCUCAGACCCUCAGUUUGGCAAAUCAGUCAAAGACAUGCCAAGGUCUGUGCUGCUCCUCUUGAAGAAUCCCCCCUUCCUGUUCCUGUGCUUGGCUGGUGCUACGGAGGCCACCCUCAUCGCUGGCAUGUCCACCUUCGGUCCAAAGUUCUUGGAGUCACAGUUCAGUCUCAGUGCUUCAGAGGCUGCCACAUGGUUUGGUUACAUGGUGGUACCAGCUGGUGGCGGUGGCACCUUCCUGGGCGGCUACAUCGUGAAGAGAUUGAACCUGCGCUGUCGAGGCAUCAUCCGUUUCUGCAUGAUGUGUGCGAUGGUCAGUCUGCUCACCAUCUUCAUCUUCCUCAUCCACUGCCCCAACGUGCCCAUGGCCGGUGUCACGGCGUCAUACCAGUACAGUCUGAUGGAGGAACAGCAACUGGACCAGUACAAAGACCUGUAUGACAAGCCAAGCGAGCGGCGCCGUAGGAACAGCUCUUCUUUAGAGGAGGACCUGACAGUGGGCUGUAAUGCAGGCUGUGGUUGUGUCAGAGAGCUGUACAACCCGGUGUGCGGGGCAGACGGAGUGAUGUAUUACUCCCCCUGCUACGCCGGCUGCAGCUCCAUCAACCACACCGAGCACUCCACGGGCAAACAGGUGUACUCUGGAUGCAGCUGUGUGGUGGGAAAUGUGUCCUGGGGCGAGGAGGGCUUUGCUCGAACAGGGAAGUGUGGCAGCACCUGCCACCACAUGCCAGCCUUCCUCUCCUUCCUCUUCAUCAUCAUCUCCUUCACCUUCCUCUGUAGCAUCCCAGCACUCACUGCCACACUCAGGUGUGUGCCAGACAGCCAGAGGUCCUUUGGACUCGGUAUCCAGUGGAUUGUGGUGCGCACACUCGGCGGUAUUCCGGGGCCCAUAGCUUUCGGCUCGGUGAUUGACAUCUCCUGCUUACUGUGGCAGGAUAAGUGUGGUGAGCAGGGCUCCUGCUACCUCUAUCAUAACUCAGCCAUGAGCCAGUACACACUAGUAGCUGGUAUCAUCUAUAAGGUCAUGGGGACAAUCUUUUUCCUGUUGGCCAGCAUCCUGUACCAGCCUCCUCCUGAGUCGCCUCAAAGUAGCUGUGAGAGCACCGACCAUGGAGGAGGGGACAUGAGCGACCUGCCUGUCAAAGACCUGCCUGAAGACGGCGUCAUCGUCAACCUGCACGCCAGGUUAUGACGUCAAAGACCCCCCCGCCCCCGACCGCUGAGUCUCUGUCCGACUGUGUGUGUGUGUGUGUGCGCUGCUUAGCACAGUGCGUGAAUGUGUGUUUGGGUGGUGCUUCCUUUAUACCAACAGCCUUCUCUCAGCCAUAAUGACACCACCCCCAACAAACACAUGCGUGCAUGACAACACAUGCACAUAGACAAAUGGAGAAGAUUAAUACAGACACACAUACCAAGAACAGGAUGCCUUCAUGCCCACCGCACACACACAAACACAUACACGACGACUUCUAACAUGCUGCUCUCUGGGAAGACAACCCUGCUGUGACCACACGUGUGCGUAUCUGAUUGUGUGAUUGACGGGGCGGUGCCACACAAGUUUCUCACAAGCAUUUCUACAGAUAUCGCAACACUGUGUUGAAUCAGUUCAAAUGACUUUUUAGAAUGCAAGUCUGAUGGCAUUUUUUUGUUUCAUAUUUUAUGUAAUUUUCCUUCAAAAGACAAUGAAACAGCUGAGACCUUCGUGGUAUAUAUGAUAUGCCAUGUGUAUGAAGCAUUUAUGAUGUGGAGGGAAAAAAAAAGAAGGUAUUAAUAUCCAUAUUUUUUUUCUGUUCUUCUCCCAUUACUGGAAGAUAGUGACACUGCUUUACUUUCCACCCAUGAUGUAUCUGCAGCCCAGUAAUAAUGAAGCCAAAUCAUUUCAUAUGUCAUAUUUCAAGCCAAGAGUAUCUGAAGGCACUUAUAUUCAUAUGAUGUCACUAUAAUCUAUUGGUCACAGUACAGCAGCACAAAUCUAUUUUCAAUUAGAAAAGCACACAUGUAUUUUUGAUGUACAUGUAGAAUAUAUGACCACUAAUUGGCUUGUAUUCAAUCGUAGAAAAGAGAAUAAAUGAAAUACUGAAAACUGUAUAUAUA